AUGGUUGUAGCAAAGAAAUACGUAGUUCUCGCUCCUUUUGUUGGAGACCCGAAGAGGAGCGACUUUCAAAUAGAGGAGGAAAUCUUACCAGAGCUAAAGGAAGAUGAAUUUUUGGCAGAGGCAGCAUAUCUGAGCGUAGAUCCAUACCAACGAGUGAAAUUAGGUGACAUUUACCCAUGUGAUAUGAUUGGAGGGCAAAUUGCAAAAAUAAUAGAAAGCAAGAAUAGCGCUUAUCCAGUUGGAACAUGGGUAAUGGGCCACUUUGGCUGGCGGACAUAUACUGUGGUUCAUCCGGAUGAUGAGAAAUUUUGCGCACAAAAACCUUUCUUAUACGCUCUGCCAGACUUCGAAUCAUUGCCAGUGUCUUUAGGUCUUGGGGUUUGCGGUAGAGUAGGGAAUACCGCUUAUUUUGGCUUGACUGAAAUAUGCAAACCAAAACCGGCAGAGACUAUUGUAAUAUCCGGUGCUGCAGGAGCAGUAGGAUCACACGUCGGACAAAUCGCCAAAGCACUAGGCUGUCGCACAAUUGGAUUUGCUGGUACAGACGAAAAAUGCAAUUGGUUAGUGAAUGAACUAGGAUUUGACGCUGCCGGAAAUUACAAGACAGUGAAUAUAGCAGAUUAUUUAAAAGAGAAUGCUCCUCAUGGAGUUGACUGCUACUUUGACAACGUCGGCGGCGAAAUUAGCAGCCAAAUAAUGUCCAAGAUGAAUAGUUAUGGAAGAGUAGCAGUUUGCGGGUCUAUAUCGAGUUAUAAUGAAACAGACCCAGAGAAGAGAAAAGCUACUUCAGUACAGAUUUAUAUAGUUGGAAAGCAGUUAAAGAUUGAAGGGUUUCAGGUCAACCGAUUCGCUGAUCGUACUAUGGAAGGAGUACUUCAAAAUCUCCAAUGGGUAAAAAAAGGUCAACUAAAAUACAAAGAACAUAUUUACGACGGGUUUGAAACAGCCGUUGACGCUUUUCUAGGAUUAUUUACAGGAGAUAAUAUUGGAAAAGCUCUUGUCAAGUUGUAA